GCUUGUGGUUUAUGCAUUUAAAUAGAAUUACGUCAUUGCCAGUUCAGUGAAUGGGCGUCAGUGUAAACUCCAUUUCCAUUUAGUAAAUUUUUUGCACUUCCGAAAAAUUAUUGAGUAUUAAAAAUGAGACAAAUUGUACUGUUGAUAUUGUCAUCAUGCUGUCUUUCUGUUACUGAAGGAGCUGACGUGACAGACAUUUCUAGACUUCGACAAGACCUUUUGAGAAACUAUGAUAAGAAUGCAAGGCCUGUUCAAAGCCACCAAAAUACUACCGUUGUGAAGAUUUACUUUUUCAAUUAUGGAUUUGAAUUUGAUGAAAACACAAGACUGCUCACACUUCAUUGUUUGGUCGCAUUGAUAUGGAAAGAUGAGCUUAUUCAUUGGGAUCCAUUAUUGUACGGCAAUUUAUCAGCAAUUCAAUUUUAUCCCACUGAGGUAUGGCGACCUGACAUCUUGGUCUACAACAGUUAUGAGAAAAGCGAGCUGGAUCAUUUUGGCAAUACUUUAAUCCAUGCUCAAUCAUUAAACGCUAGUAAUUCCAUCCUAUUGUGGGUUCCACCAGCAAGUCUGGUUGUCGAAUGUGACAACGUGGAUUUUUACCGAUGGCCGUAUGACAAACAAAGGUGUUCCAUAAACCUAACGGCGUGGGCUCACGAUGGGAGCGAAAUUAGUCUUCAAGUGCAAGAAAAUCAUACGAAGGCAAGAGAGUGCAGAUAAUUGUUGUAAAGCUAUCUUUGCAUUUCCAUAAUUUAAAACCCUGAUAGAUGGAUGACGAGCCUUUCUCGGCCAAAAAACCCUUGCAAAAUCGAGAGUGGGAUCUAGUUGAUAAUUCUGUCGAACAAAAAUCGUGGACUGAGAUGGAUAUACUCUUCACAGAAAUUCAAAUUAGGAUGGACAUUCAGCGUCGCUCUUCAACUCAUGUUGCAGGAAUCGUGGUUGUAGCUAUCGGUUCGUUGGAUGCAGUACUUUUCAAUUACCCAUAGUAAAAUUUCUGGUUGAAUCCAUUUGCAAAAGAACGAAUCCCCGUCAUCUUGGUGGCUUUUCUGCUCAACAAUAUUUAUUUGAACUAUAUUUACUCCAUUAUUCCUGACAAUGGCGAACGAGUUCCAUUUCUAGUUUGCUACUUUCGCGACUCCCUUGUAAUGGUUCUUCUUGCCCUUGCAUGGACAAUUGGUCUCCGACACAUGGCCAAGGCGCACAUGGCCAUACAACUUCCUGCGUGGAUUAACGGACUUCUGGACGGAAUUGUGGGAACUAUCUUGUGUUUACGCCCACAUCCAAGUCCAAAUCCUAGUGAAAACUCGAGAGAAAUUAU